AUGUCGGACGCCCAUCUUCCUAACUCGCAUCCCGACGUCACCCCGGGAUGGGAGGACUACGAAUUCCCGAGAACUGGACUUCCUGAAGCGAUCAAGACUAAACCUGUGGAAGGAUCAAAUGGCGAUAGAUACAGUGGCAGUGUUCCCCUGGUCUGGUGUGCCAACGCCGGAAGGACAUUGUCUGCCCAUGGAGGGUAUUGUGCGACUGUGUUGAUGACUACGGCACGUCAGUACAACUGGGAGAAACACCAAAAGCUAGCACACACUGAGCCGCUUAACUUGUUUGUCGAGUUCCUACAUCCCUUGCCAGCAGGGCCAUUCGAAGUUGCCCUCGAAACUCUCCAGGCUGGAAACCGAGGCUCAACGAUUCAAGCAAAGCUUUUGACAGGCAAAGGUCAAAAGCAGCAGACAUGCAGCAUUGCCAUAAUAAGAUUCGGCGUCCUCCAGGACGAGGGCUACGUACACAACGUUCAGCCUCCAAUUAGGCCGGUGCCAGAUAGGGAGAAGGAGUGCGUCAGAUGGACUAAUGCCCUUACCUACCAAUUCAACCCACCAACUGCGGCGGUUCGAGUUUAUACCCCAAGAGACAGCGGCACUCCUCUCUGGAGUGAAAAGUACGGCGGCCGGAACGUGAGAUACCAAUGGACCAAGAUGGACGACGAAGACACGUUCCGACUAGAGCAUAUCCCGAUCCUGGCAGAUCUAAUCCCCGUUAUGCCGCUCAACUACGCAGAGGACGGCAUACUAAUGGCCGCUCGUUACCGAAUUCCAACUACCUGCUUGCAGAUCACGUUUCAUGCACCGCUCAAUAAUGACGAAUGGCUUGUAACCCGAACUACAAUGGAGAGAUUGUAUGCGGGAAGGUUCGAUAUGAAGAUUCAGAUGUACGACGAACAAGAAAAUCUCGUAGCAUCUUGUGUUAACCUGUGUGCGAUGAUACCACAGUCCAAGGAGAAGGCCAGAGGGAAACUUUGA